UGUGUAACCUUAAUUUGGAGACGCUAUAUAACUUAUUUAUUUAUUUUUACGUUUUUUCUGGAGAAUAAUAAUUUUACUACCAUUUCUGUCCGUUGUUUUUGUUGCUCCCCACCUUUUCGGCCAUAGGAUAAUUUGCUAAUCGCUAUAGAACUGUUAUUUGGUGGGCUUGAUAUGACCCAGGUCAUAAGAUCUCGGCCCAAUAUGGUGCCCACGUAGCCCAUUUAAUUUUGGGGGGCGAAGCGCGCACUCCGAGGGUCUUCAUUAUAAUACUAUAAACCCCGCCAUUUCAAUUGAAAUUCCCUCCAACCAUAGACUAGUGAAGAAGGCACCAAAGACGAAAGGAAGAUCAGAUCGAUCGCAAUGGAAGGUGUUGGCGGAGCCGGAGGAGUUGGAGGAAGGGAAAUCGACACUAAAACCCAAGACUUGAGAGAUAGGUUCAGGCUCUCCGCCGUCUCUAUCGCUGAAGCUGAAGCUAAGAGGAACGGCAUGGAUGCUUCGGAAGUCGUGGUAGCUUGCAUUGCUGAUUUGGCCUUUAAGUAUGCGGAGCAGCUGGCUAAGGAUGUUGAACUAUUUGCUCAGCAUGCAAAUCGUAAAUCUGUAAACAUGGAAGAUGUUAUACUGUCAGCUCAUCGAAAUGAGCAUCUAUCUACCUUAUUGAGGGCCUUCUCCGUUGACUUGAAAAUUAGAGAGCCGCAGUCUGAAAGGAAGAGAAAGAAAGCAACCAAAAGGAAGACCAAGCACCAACCUAAUGCCCAUGCCAGAUGAACAUUUGGCCCUUGAAAUGUACCAUUUUGCUAUCCAAUACAUUAGGUAUUAGUUCCCGGAAAGUUAUUCUAUUAGUCGCUAAGGAAG